ACGUGCCCUUCGUACGUCCGAGGACCUAAUUUAUUAGUUAUUUUAUAAAUUCUUCUACCAAAUUCAUUAGUUAUUGAUCGUAUAAUGCUGAAUUAGAAUCUUUAGUUUAAGUUAACUUAUUUUGCGUUAUCGAAAAUGAGUGUCAUAUCGUCACUGUGAAAAAUAUUGCAGGGUUCCCUUGCUCCCAUCAUUGAAGAGAUGACUAGCAAAGAGCCGGCUCCGGGCGAUGGAAUUAAAUCUCUCAAAACCUCCACCGCCUUCAAAGCUUUGAACUUUGAACUCUAUGCUAAACCAAAUAAAGUCAUCAUGGGAAUCGGCCUUGCUGCUUUGCUAGGAAGUAUGGCUUACAUUGCAUACAUGAGAAAAAAGUAUGAAGGCAUGGGCUAUUAUUCGGCAAUUGCAGAAGAUGGACAAGAAGUAUUCACCAAAAAGAAAUCAAGAUGGGAGUCAUAAUUUUCUACCUUGAAAGAUAACUAUCUGACAAACCUCCAAAAAUCAAAAGGUUUACCUAAUUUUUUUUUAUUCAACAUUAAGCUCGUUUCUUUCAAUAAACGAAAAGAAAUUUGAUAUCAGAUUCUACUCGUCUGCAAGGUUAAUGAAUAAUAUUAUGAGUGCUGUUUUUUUCAACCUUGGUACCUAUUAUCUGUUCCUGACUUGGUAUAAUGUUAUUUAGUACAAUUAUGAGGAAGGGGAUAAAGUUCCCUCUCGGUAAAAAUAUUUUCACUUUCACAUGCACCGUUUUGUGACAUGCGUGAGAAUUUUUGCUCUUUUUUGAAAGCCCUUAAUAGAUCAAAAGAUUUUAAACUCAACCCAGUCUCUGAAUUGAUGAGGGUAUAGGUAUGAGAGCUGGAAAAUAAUGUUUCUGUUAAUUUCUGAGAGGAUCCAAAGAAGCUCUUGUGAUAUGCUAAAGGUUGUAGAAGUCAGGAUUUGCCACUUACAAUUUCAAAUAUUUCAAUUUCUUCAUUUGUUGUCCUUUUUUUAAGAUCUCAUUUUCCCUCAAAUUCAGAGGUCUUGUUCAUGUAUGCCAAUCUAGGAAUUUGCCUGUUUUACUCGUUAUGGAUUAUUUUCUUCAACAACUACCAAUGUUCCUUAAAGAAUGAAAAAUAAAUAAUAUUUUCAUUUUAUCUGUAAAAAAUUAA